AUGGGUGUCCCAAAAUUCUUCAGAUGGCUCUCAGAGCGAUAUCCGGCGAUAUCACAGCUUAUUGCUGAGAAUCGAAUUCCAGAGUUCGACUGUCUCUACCUCGAUAUGAACGGAAUCAUCCACAACUGCACUCACAAGGACUCAGACUCGCCCACAUUUCGAAUGACGGAGGAUAAGAUGUUUAUUGCCAUCUUCAACUAUAUUGAACAUCUAUUUGGAAAGAUCAAGCCAAAACGAUUGUUCUUCAUGGCGAUCGACGGCGUAGCUCCUCGGGCUAAAAUGAACCAACAGCGCGCGCGACGAUUCCGCACCGCCCUUGAUGCCGAACUUGCGAAGGAGAGGGCCAUAAAAGAAGGCAUAGAGAUGCCCAAGGAAGAUGCAUUUGAUAGUAACUGCAUCACUCCAGGAACCGAGUUCAUGGCCAAACUUACGAAACAAUUGAAGUAUUUCGUCAAUAAGAAAGUGUCGGAAGAUGCCGAGUGGCAGGGUGUUGAGGUGGUUCUCUCCGGCCAUGAAGUCCCCGGUGAAGGCGAGCACAAAAUUAUGGAAUACAUUCGCCAGGCAAAGGCUCAACCUGAGUAUGAUCCAAACAUGCGCCACUGCUUGUACGGUCUAGAUGCAGACUUGAUCAUGCUGGGACUUCUGAGUCAUGACCCUCACUUCUGCUUACUCCGAGAAGAAGUAACGUUUGGACGGCAGAGCCAGAAGAAAUCCAAGGAACUUGAACACCAGAACUUUUACUUGCUUCACCUCUGCAUCGUUCGGGAAUACCUGGAGCUGGAAUUCCAGGAAUUGAAAUUAGAUGGGGCUCUGCAGUUUCCUUUUGAUAUGGAACGGAUUAUAGAUGAUUUCAUCCUAAUGGCCUUCUUUGUUGGAAAUGAUUUCUUGCCCAACCUUCCUAACCUACACAUAAAUGAAGGCGCUUUGGCGUGGAUGUUCAAGGUAUAUAAAGAAAUUUUACCGAAACUGGGUGGUUAUGUCAAUGAACAUGGAAAGAUCAACAUGGAGAGGCUGAGGACAUUGCUGGCAGCUUUGUCAGAUGUCGAGUUUCGGUUUUUUGAAGCUGAGUAUUCUGACGCGAGAUGGCUCAAAUCAAAAACACUCGAUGGUGACCAAACGCCAACGCUGCCGGACAAGCCCAAUGUGCUUACAAUAACUCCAGCACAGAAGCAUAUUUUUAAUCGAAUAAAGAAAUAUGUUACCCAUCGACCAAUGGACGAAGCUGGUCAGCCCGUACCUCUUGAUCUAUCGCCGUCUCUACCAGCAAGAGAUCGGAAGUUUGUGGAGCAGCUAGCAGAUAGCCUACACCUGAAAUGGAGCUCUAUUUUAAAUCAGCAUGAGGAACGAUUCUUGCGCGUCCAGUUACCCGCAAACGAUGAUGAUGAAGAUGACGAUGAUGAUGACGAAUCCCAAAUUGCAAUUCUGCGUGUCUUGAAGAAAUAUGAAAACGCGAAGGUCAAAGAGCCCACUGCUGAGGAUGCGCAGAUGGCCGCCGAGAAGAAGUACGAGAAUAAGUUUCAAGACUGGAAGGAUAAAUACUAUAAGGGGAAGUUUGGAUGGGGUUUGGAGAAUGCGGAAGAAAUGCGAAAGUUGACGGAAAAUUACGUCCAAGGUUUGCAGUGGGUGCUCUUCUACUAUUAUCGUGGUGUUGCAUCAUGGCCAUGGUUUUACCGUUACCACUACGCCCCUAUGAUCUCAGAUAUCCAUCUUGGUUUAGGAGCCGAUGUGGACUUCAAACUCGGACAACCCUUCUUCCCAUUUCAACAACUGAUGGGUGUUCUACCGGACCGAAGUAAGAAGAUAGUCCCGGUAGCAUUCCACAGCUUGAUGACGACUCCUGAGUCGCCUAUAAUCGACUUUUAUCCUAGGGACUUUGAGCUUGAUAUGAACGGAAAGAAGAUGGAAUGGGAAGCUGUGGUGAAAAUUCCAUUCAUAGAAGAAGAACGGCUUCUUAAGGCUAUGGCAACAAAGGAACAUUUGUUGACUCCUGACGAGAAGGCCAGAAACUCUUUCGGCGUGACGCUUAAGUUCACGUAUUCGCCUGACGUUGAGUUUCUCUACCCCAGUUCCCUUCCUGGUAUCUUCCCCGAUGUUUCUCGAUGUCGCUGCAUCGAGAACGUUUUUGAGCUACCUACGAUGGAAGGGUUGGACCCCUAUGUGGGUUUGGUAGAAGGUGUGAAAAUUGGGGCUGAGGCUCUAUAUGGAUUCCCAAGUCUGCAGACACUUCAGCAGACUGGGCAGCUUGGCUUCCAUGGAGUAUGUGUAUUCCAGCAGGAGAGCCGUAACGAAAGCAUGGUUGUUACCAUUUCCGACCCUGAGAUUGUGGGGAAUACUGCGGAUGCGAAAGCCAAACUAGGAAAAAGAGUCCACGUUGGAUAUCCAUUCCUACAGGAAGCAAAGGUGGUGUGCGUUUCAGACGAACUCUUUGAUUAUGUUCAAGUUGAUGGCGAAGAGCAUGUUGUAGCCAUCCCGCACACUCCAACGCAAAUCAACCAGUGGAAGAAAAAGGCAGAAAGGAUUGAGUCUUACUACAGUAAACGACUCGGAAUGGUUAUCGGCGAUGUUGAAACGAUCGUGCGCGUGGAAAUGCUUAAAGGUCUAACGAAGACUGCAGAUGGUGCCACGGUUAAGGAGUUUACGGAGAUUCCAGGAGUCGAAACGGAGUACGCCGCUCAAAUUAUCGUCGAUUCAGUUGUAAGUGAGGAUCUCCGUUUCAUUGAACGGGCUGCAGUCCCAAUUGAAAAUGAGUUCCCCGAAGGUGCGAGAGCAUUCUUCCUAGGCGAGUAUAAUUAUGGUGCUCCGGUGCACGUUACUGGACAUGAGGAUGGGAAAUUGUCCGGCCUUCUCUCAGCAGUGAAGGGUAAAGAGCCAGAGUUUGGCAGGGAGCACGUCAUGAACGCUGAAAAGCUAUCAAGAUACACUCCUUCCUUUGCUAUUGCGCGAAACUUGCGCCUCAGCCCUCUUACACUCGCUAAAAUCACCUCUUCUUUCUCGGUUAAUAUGGAUGGAACACGAGUCAAUCUUGGACUCAACCUCAAAUUCGAAGCGAAGAAGCUGAAAGUGCUUGGCUAUUCGCGACGAGGAAACUCUGGAUGGGAGUUCAGUGAAAAAGCCAUUGGUCUCCUACAAGACUACAUGAUCAAAUUCCCAGACUUCAUUGCUGGUAUUCAAAGGAAGCCUCAAGGUGACGUGUUUGAGCCUAGUGAUUUCUACCCCGCCGAUAUUGCAAAGGACAAGAUCAAGGAGAUCCAGGCAUGGCUUAAGUCGAUUGAGUCAAAGAGCUUUGAGCGCGUCCCACUCGAAGCUGAACAACUGGACUCUAGCGUUGUGCAGGCGAUCGAAAAGUCCGCUGACGAACUGUCGCAAACUCGGCCUACCCCAGUGGCACAAAAGAUCAGAGGUGUGCCACGCAAUGCGCUGUUGAAGCCUGCUGAUGCAGAGCACCGCCUCAACAACCAACAUUUCCAGCUUGGUGACAGAGUGCUCUAUGCACAAGAUUCUGGAAAGGUUCCAAUUGCUUCUCGAGGAACUGUUGUUGGUCUCACACGGACAUCGAGAAACUUGCUUCUUGAUGUGCUGUUUGACGUCUCAUUUAUGAGUGGUACCACUCUAGCAGACAGAUGUUCGCCGUUCCGCGGCUCAACUGUCCCUUCGUCAUCGGUUCUCAAUCUUACGAAUAGACAGCUGAUUGCGUUGUCUCGCGCUACUGCACAGAACAAGGAACAGGCUCGGGAACAACAUCUGCCUUUGCAUGCCGCUCCCCAAGGAACGGGUGGUAUGGCCCAGCUGAAAGAUGCGCCGGCUCCACCACCUCUAAUGAAUAGCUAUCGGGGUGCUGCCGCAGGCCAGCCCUCCAAUGGUAAACCAAACGGUGCACCAGCUUCCUCCAACUGGCGUGGUAGAGGGCGAGGAGCCCUACCAAUUCGCAACCAUGCAACGCCUGAGGGUACGCAUGGAUUCGGCAGAGGACGCGGAAAUGCCAAUUCGCACAGCCCACGCAGGGGCAACGGCCCGCCGAGCCGCGGUUCUGGAAGAGGAGGCUAUGUAAAUGUGGAAAGCAUGAACCCAGAUGCCGGUGUUGUGAACCACAACCCAAAUUUCAGGCCGCGACCAUACAACACAGUCCCGCCGCCAGCAUCCCUGAGCCAGCCUACCGGGCGAGGCCGCGGGCAACGGGGUCGAGGAAGGGGCACUGGUAAUGGUGUGCCUCGAGCUGGGAGGGGACGAGGCAGAGGCGCACAUGCAGGUGCAAGCGCUGGAGAGACCACAGCCUAG